GAAUAAAGUAUUAAUAACAAUUAUAUGAAUGUGAACUUAUGGGAAGGCCCAUGGGCAAGAGAUAAACCAUAGCUACAAGCACAGAGGUGAAUAUGGGUAGCGUGUUGGUGUGUUGACGAUGAGCAAGUGGUGAGAAAAAUUCGUAAUGAUCUCAUGAAUGACCACUCGGAAUCAAAAUUCUCUUCCCCUGAUGAAUUCAAUUCCCUUUCAUGUCCAAUCUUCUUCCGACGCGCUGCCAUUCCAUUCCUAUAUAUCUUCAUUACAACACUCAAUACAUUGGGAGUGGGAGGUUGAGCAAAGUCACUUCAAUCCAAAGGGAACAAAUUCAUGAAUUGAUUUGAUUGAAACCCAUCUUUGAAAAAAAGAAACUUCAAAGAAUAAUCAAUCGAUUGCGAUUUCCAUCAACACUGGAAUCGAUUCCACUUCACUAAAUUAUGUUAUCUCUUUGUAAUCCCUCCUCUCCUAUAAAUUCAACACCUCAAUCCCUUCUUCACCUGCAAGCAACAAAUUCACUACACACACAACACAUUUGAAUCUCUUUAAAAAAAAAAAAUGUCGACGCGUUUGAUCAGCAGCUUCUUCCCCACCAAUCGCAAGGAACAAUACUACGUUGAGGAUCGAUCCGGCUGCGAAAAGUGCCCUGAAGAUCGAAAAGAACGCUACCAGGGCGAGGAUCGACGAGCGUUUGACAAAUUCUUUGACGAUCGAAAGGAACGGUACUACGUGGAAGACCGCCAUUCUUACAGGCAAUUUCCGGAGAAAGAUGUGGUUCCAGUUGAUUCCUUCCGAUCUUCCAUUGCUCCAAAUUCCUCUGCUGCCAUAAACGCUCAGAUUGACUGGAAGGAAACCGCUGAUGCAUACGUUUUCAAGUUAGAUCUUCCCGGAGUGAAAAAACAUGAAAUGAAACUGGAGAUUGAAGACAAUGGAGCUCUGUGUAUCAGCACUGAAAUUAGGGCUGAGAGAGAGGAGAGAAUCGAUAUUUGGCGUCGUGUGGAACGAAGCAGUGGAAGGAUCUACCGGCGUAUUGUGUUGCCGGAGGGUGCCGAUGUAGAUAAGGUGAGGGCAGAAAUGUAUAACGGAGUAUUGACGGUCACUGUGCCUAAAUACCAAUUUAGGAAGCCCAUGGCCAGAGUUGUCCAAAUUUCUGGACAUUAAAAUCUCAUAAGAUCAUAUGAAGCAUAUCAAAACAAUAAUAAUAAUACUAAAGGUUGAAAUAAGAAAGAAAAAGAAAAACAAUAAAAUGAUUAUCACUAUGUUCUGCUUUUAGGGAAUUAAUAAAAUCUUGAUUAUGUUUGCUCUUACAAAGAGUGUUUUCAAGAAUGAAAGAAUAUGUGACGCUUAAGAUA